CUCACUCUCUCUCCUCUCCUCGACAACACAGACUACGUCUUUCGUGUCAAUACGCUCAACUGACUCAUCUUGAUCAUGGCAUUGGCAAACUUGUCAAAAAGCCAAUUUCUGGUUCUCAGCGAAGCUAACAACGAUGUUCUUGGUUCUAGGAUCGGUGAACAGAUUCUGGUCGGAGAAGAGGCCUUGCCGGUUCAUGAGGUCGACGUAGUACUGGUUGUCGAAGAUGUUGGGAGUUUGAACAUCGAGAUUGGCAGUGUUGGGGGAGGAGUGGUGAAGGAAGGGUCAAAGAUGAAAGAUCAAGGAAAGUAUGGUGCCGACUUACCGUUGCCUAAAAGAUUCCUCUGUGAGGAUCAAAGGGGUCGCCAGAAAAAUAGUUGCGGCAACUACCUUUUCAGGUUAGCCCUUGCCUUUUUAGUAUGUAAAAGGAGUCAGAUGGAGGAAAUUUUAAUUUCUCUAAAAUGA